GGAGAUUCUCUUCGGGUCGGACAGAUUUCCCUUGCUUGCUUCUCCUCCUCUUUCUACUCUCCACCCCUCAGCACCUCAGAGGCAAGCUUUGGAUUAGCUCACACAAUCUAAACACUGUAGGAGAGAGAGCCUGCAGCUUUGACUCCAGGUCAGCUUUAGAGCAGUUUCCCUGCAGAAAGUUGCAUUUAGUCCGGUGAGGUUGAUGCGUUUGUAAGUCAUGGUUGACAGCAUGGACUUUGAGAAACAGCAGAAGCGUUACUGCAUCCGCACUAAGCAUGUAGUCAUCAUCUGUGUGGUGGUAGUGCUGUGUUCUGUGGCGGUGGGCCUCGGGGUGGGCCUCUCCAGGUCGGACACUACCACCACUCCCACAUCAGCCCCGACAGCAGCCCCGACAGCAGAGCCUCCCCAGCCCCCUUUGCCUGGCAGGGGCCCCUGCAAGCCUUCCACCGACUCCAGCGGGGACUGGGUGAAUUUCCGUCUGCCAGACUACGUGAAACCAGUCCACUAUGACCUGCACCUGGAGCCAAACAUGGAAGACGACACCUAUGCUGGGACCGUGAGUGUCCACGUGGAAGUCAGCAAACCCACUCAGCACUUGUGGCUUCACAUUAGGGAGACGUUUGUCAGCGCUAUGCCCAGGCUGACGAUGCUGAACAGCCAGGGGGGCGAGAAGGAGGUGCCAGUGAAGAGCUGUUUUGAAUACAACACUCAUCAGUAUGUAGUGGUGGAGGCCACAGAGCAACUGCCCAUCACAGGCCCAGGAGAGGUGUACGUGCUCAGUCUGGACUUCCAAGGCUGGCUCAACGGCUCUGUGGUGGGAUUCUACAGGGUCAUCUACACCGAGGAUGGGGUCACCAAGAAGAUUGCUGCCACUGAUCACGAGCCAACCGAUGCUCGUAAAUCCUUCCCCUGCUUUGAUGAACCUAAUAAGAAGGCCACCUACAACAUCUCCAUUACUCAUGAUGAUAUCUAUGAAGCUCUGUCCAACAUGCCACAAAUGAGCACCCAGCAACUGUCUCGCAAUAAAAAGAAGACCUCCUUUGAGAAGUCUGUUCCAAUGAGUACCUAUUUGGUAUGUUUUGCUGUGCAUCAGUUUGCAUAUGUGGAAAGAACUUCCGCCAAAGGAAUUCCGUUGAGGAUCUACGCUCAGCCAAGUCAGAUAGCAACUGCAGAAUACGCUGCCAACACAACCAAGAUCAUCUUUGACUACUUUGAGGAAUACUUCAACAUGUCGUACUCCAUCUCAAAACUUGAUAAGAUAGCCAUUCCUGACUUUGGUACUGGUGCCAUGGAGAACUGGGGCCUCAUUACCUACCGGGAGACCAACCUGCUGUAUGAUGAGAACCAGUCGUCCUCCUACAACAAGCAGCGGGUGGCCAGUGUUAUUGCCCAUGAGCUGGUUCAUCAGUGGUUUGGGAACAUUGUGACUAUGGAUUGGUGGGAUGACCUCUGGCUUAAUGAGGGCUUUGCCAGUUUCUUUGAGUAUAUCGGUGUGGAGAAAGCUGAACCAGACUGGGGCAUGCGAGACAUCAUGAUCAUUAGUGACGUGCUUCCUGUCAUGGUGGAUGACGCCCUCCUCUCCUCUCACCCAAUAAUUGUGAAUGUCUCGAGCCCUGCAGAAAUCACGUCUGUGUUUGAUACCAUCUCAUACAGCAAGGGAGCUUCUAUUCUCCGGAUGCUGGAGGACUGGAUGGGUAAAGACCAAUUCAGGGAUGGCUGUCGAAAAUAUUUGAAAGACUACACAUUCAAGAAUGCUAAAACAGCCAACUUCUGGGCAUCUCUUGCUGACGUGAGUGGGUUGCCAAUUGCAGAGGUAAUGGACACAUGGACCAAACAGAUGGGUUAUCCUGUGUUGGACUUAUCUGUCUCAGAGACUAAAGCCAAGCUGAAUCAGACGCGUUUCCUCUUGGAUCCUAAUGCAGAUGCCAGCCAGCCUCCCUCACCUCUCGGGUACAAGUGGACAAUUCCAAUCAAAUGGCACUCUGUGAAAACCGACAAAAAUGUAUUGGCGAUGUUUAGCAAGGACAGUGCAGAUCAUGUCAUCAGUAACUACUCACCCUCGGUGGAUGGGCUGCUGAAGGUUAACAACGAUCACAUUGGAUUCUACAGAGUCAACCAUGACAGCAACAUGUGGAGCACCAUCAGUAAACAGCUUCAAGACAACCACUUGGAGUUUGAUGCAGCUGACCGAACAAGUUACAUUGAUGAUGUUUUUGCUCUUGCGAGGGCCGACAUUAUAGAUUAUGGUAAUGCCUUCAACCUCACCAAGUACCUGACAAAUGAGACUGACUACAUAGUCUGGGAACGUGUGGACUCCUCUAUCACCUAUGUUCGGGACAUGCUCUUGGGCAAGGCACUCUACCCGAAGUUUCAGCAACUGUUUCGUGACCAUGUUCAAUCGAUCGCAACCAAACUUGGAUGGAAGGAUGAAGGGAUGCAGACAGAGAGGUUACUGAGGGAGACUGUGCUCGGCAUUGCUUGUCAGAUGGGAAGUCCGGAGACUCUGAAUGAAGCCGCUAAGAUCUUUGACCAGUGGAUUAAUGGACAAAUCAGCAGUGUACCGGUGAACCUGAGGCUGCUGGUUUAUCGCUACGGCAUGAAGAAAUCAGGGACGGAAGAAAAUUGGAACAAAAUGUUCCAGAAGUACAAAGAUACCUCUUUGGCUCAAGAGAAGGACAAGCUGCUGUACGGUCUGGCAUCUGUGGAGGAUGGGCCGCUCCUUUACAAGCUCCUGGAGACUGCAAAAGAUGAGAGUGUGGUGAGGAGUCAGGAUCUGUUCACUGUGGUGCGAUACGUGUCCUACAACCCAGUGGGGCAGAGCAUUGCCUGGGACUGGACCACACUCAACUGGGACUACCUUGUCAACAGGUACACCAUCAAUGACAGGAAUCUUGGUCGCCUCCCGGGUCAAAUCACCACCACCUACAACACAGAGCCCCAGCUAUGGAAGAUGGAGCAUUUCUUCCAUCAAACACCCAAUGCUGGAGCUGGCGAGAUGCCCCGGCAGCAGGCUCUGGAGAGAGUGAGGAACAACAUCGAGUGGAUCAAGAGGAAUGAGAACGAGAUCAGCGCGUGGCUGGAGAACAACGUCAUCUGAAACAGCGGCACUUCUGCAAAACACUGCAGGGAUACAGACACACUGUAUAUAUGUUUUUUGUGACCAGUUCUUCUACGUGUUUUUGUGAAUUUUUAACUUAUGAAAGAAAUCUGAAUCAUUUUGUUUUCAUCAAGUCACAAAUGAAAGUAUUAGGGAUGUGAUGAUACCAAAAACUCAUGGUACAAUAUCGUCCUGAUAUAUAGUCCUCGGUGCGAUAUUUAUCACUAUAUCAAAAACAAGAAAAGAAAAGAUGACCUGAACAAUGUCCUUUAAUAAUAAAUGUGAUGUGUACAGCAUUUAUUAUUUGUAUACAAUUUGUUUUACUAUAGGUACUACUUUUGUCCUUCUUUAGUGUAAUACAAUUAUGUGUGAAAAGUAGCUAUUGGACUAUGUACAAAUGAAAAACAUACAACUGUAUAUGAUGAUAUUGCCUGGACUUUCGCAGCUGCAGUGUCUCUGGGCUUGCUCGGUGAAGCAGACAGGACAAGUGGCGGAGCAGCGACAGGACAGCCCAGUGGACAGACAGCCUUGCUCGCUCCACCUGAAGAGGUCUUGUAAGAACUCUGUCUUCUUGAGCAGUAUGACUGCGCCCUCUGCUGUUCAAACAGACCAAUACAAUGACAAGGACAGAUGGCAGAGUGCAUUCGUACCGAUUUCCCUUGUAAGAUCCCGACGAGCAAACUAACCCCAUGACAGGCUGGUAGAUAUUAUCACAGUCCCAUAAUGCUUUUGCUCAAUUUUGUUUUAUCGCGAUACCUUCAAAUUGGGUAUUUUGUCACAUCCCAAGAAAACAUUGCGUUAAAUUAAAUCAAAAUGACUUUUUCUCAGGUGCUGGAAUCCUCAUGGACAAAGACACUGGCUUUUAUUAUGUGGCUCAGUGAGACUUCUGCUCUGAUUGUCAGGCCCACCUUUAUCAUGACCCAUUCUCCCUAAUCUCACCUGGUUUCCUAAAGUGCUCUUGGUGUGCAGCACACAAAAUAAAUACACACGUUUAUUUGUAUUUGUAUGCAAUGAUAUAAGUGUAGUGUUUGUUGGAGAUUAAUGAAUACAUUUUUAAUAAAAAAGACAUUGUGUGCAUCA